CAGCAGCAGCUUCCUGUAUUUUACACCUGCACAGAGGGAGGGAGGCUCAUCCGAGUCCAGAGCAAAGAGAGAGUCUGACUGAAGUUCUCUGCAUCUGCACUCUCUACUUCUUGAUUUCAUCUCUUCUUUUCCUCUCAAAUCCGUGGAUUAUCUGUUGUGUUUACCAAGAAUGCUGCUGCACAUUUUGUAUUUGCUGUGGACUUCUUUUCAGUUUUUCCUACAAGGCAGAUCUGUGCUGUGCAAAGAGAUGAAGUUCCCCAGCAGGGCGGUGAAGCCCCCCUCUCCAUCUGACUUCCUGGACAAGCUGAUGGGGCGCACAUCUGGAUACGACGCUCGCAUCCGGCCAAAUUUCAAAGGUCCUCCUGUCAAUGUGACCUGUAACAUCUUCAUCAACAGCUUCGGAUCCAUCACUGAGACGACCAUGGAUUACCGGCUCAAUGUCUUUCUGCGGCAGCAGUGGAACGACCCCCGGCUGGCAUACAAGGAGUAUCCAGACGACUCUCUGGACUUGGACCCCUCCAUGUUGGACUCUAUCUGGAAGCCUGACCUGUUCUUUGCCAACGAAAAGGGCGCCAACUUUCACGAGGUCACGACAGACAACAAGCUGCUUCGGAUCUUCCAGAACGGAAACGUCCUCUACAGCAUCAGGCUGACGCUGGUUCUCUCCUGUCCCAUGGAUUUAAAAAACUUCCCCAUGGACAGCCAGACGUGCACGAUGCAGCUCGAGAGCUUUGGCUACACGAUGAACGAUCUUAUUUUCGAAUGGCUGGAUGUUGGAGCCGUGCAGGUGGCUGAUGAUCUGAUGCUCCCUCAGUUUGUGCUGAAAGAAGAAAAAGGUCUGGGGUACUGCACCAAGCACUACAACACAGGUAAAUUCACCUGCAUCGAGGUGAAAUUCUACCUGGAGCGGCAGAUGGGCUACUACCUGAUCCAGAUGUACAUACCCAGCCUGCUGACCGUCAUCCUGUCCUGGGUGUCGUUCUGGAUCAACAUGGACGCGGCUCCGGCCAGGGUCGGACUGGGAAUCACCACGGUGCUCACCAUGACCACGCAGAGCUCUGGGUCCAGGGCCUCCCUGCCGAAGGUGUCCUACGUGAAGGCCAUAGACAUCUGGAUGGCGGUGUGUCUUCUCUUCGUCUUUGCCGCCCUGCUGGAGUACGCGGCCGUUAAUUUCGUUUCGCGCCAGCACAAAGAGUUCUUCAGGCUGAGGAAGAAGCUCAAAGAGCAACAGAGGCAGAGAAAUCAGGGAAGCGGUGACAGCAAGGCGAAGGGAAACAGCAUGUCAGGCAACAACGCUCCUCAUGGAAACGCAGCCCAGCAGUGCAGCGCCUGUGCCAGGGAGGAGGAGCUGGCACAGCAGGGCUUUCUCUUCCAGAGUUUUGGCCUCGCACUGGGAACGGGGACCGCACCGGAAAUGGACGCGACGCCGAUCUUUGCCGAUCUGCCUCCCGGCCUGGGCUUCUACGACAUACGCCGGCGCUUUGUGGAUCGUGCAAAAAGGAUUGACACUAUCUCCAGAGCCGUGUUCCCCAUGAGCUUCCUCAUGUUCAACGUCCUCUACUGGCUGACCUACAAAGUCCUACGACACGAGGACGUCCAGGCCACACUGUGACGGCACACGAUGCCGGGGACCGCCAACACACUGGAUACCUUGAAUCCGCCUCUUUUCACUGAAACAUUAACGGGCUGAGAGGCCUCAGCUGAGCCAUGCAAGAUGCGCUGUGACGGCAUGUCCAGUGCCAACGGGAAACGCCAUGACAUGGAGGACUCCAUCGGCUCCUCUGAAUUUUUAAUGCUUCCAAAGAAAUGCACUCUUUAUUAGCACUGAUGCUUUAAAUAUUCACAAUUGACAGUGUGUGUCAACAGUUUGCGUUUUGAUC